AUGCCGCCAAGAAGAAUACCGGCAAUAACAGAUAGACCAAGAAGAAGCCAAACUGGGUCUGAAAAUGAAACAAAUCCUCCACCAACAACUCAACUUGAUCCUAAUGUGAUGGCAGCUGUCCAACAAACAGUUAGCGACAUGCUACCAGGUAUUAUAGCACAGACGGUGGAAGCAUUGCGUCAAACUGGCGAAAACCCGAAUCCUAAUACUGGGGACUACGGACCAAAACACAGGGAUCAGGGAACUAGUAGUGAACUUGCUGAUAUUCAUCAAUGGUUAGAGARGUUUCAUAAACAAAAGCCUCGUACUUUUACUUCAGCAGCCACUCCUGUUGACGCCGAAGAUUGGAUAUCACAUCUUGAAAAGGUAUUCCGAGUCUUGGGUUGUUCUGAUAGAAUUAGAGUGGAAUUGGCUACUUAUAAACUUGAAGGUGAUGCUAAUCGCUGGUGGCAAGCUUGGAAACAAUCUUACGGAGGGGAUAUAGCUAUUGAAAAUUUAACCUGGCCGAGAUUCAAAGAGGUUUUCUAUCAACAAUACUUUAUUGCGGCAGACAAAGAGGCGUAUGUUCAAGAGUACGCUACACUCAAACAGAAGGAAGACGAAUCCAUAUCCGAAUACGUUGUUGAUGCUGCAAGGAACAUUGAAAGGGAACGACUGGACUCUAUACUUUCCCGAGGUGAUAGUGGUACGAAAAGAAACAGAGAUGUGUUUCAAGGAAAUUCUACUGGGCGAGGAACCAAUCGGGCAGGUCAGUGGAAACAACCAAAUUAUAGACCUCCAAUUGCAUCUCAGGGAAAUUCUAGUAAAGGUUUUUCAAAUACAACUUCUCUGUUACGGUGCAAAGAUUGUGGUUUUAGACAUCGUCCUGGCCCAUGUAUUCGAAUGACCGGCGCCUGUUAUAAUUGUAGUCAACGAGGUCAUAUAGCUCGUGAUUGUAAACAAGGGCCGAAAGAUAAUUCUAAAGAUAAAGAGAAGCAAUCUAUUGUCGGUGGUCGAGUGUUUACACUAUCUGCUGACAAGUCUACUGCGGGUAUGGUUUCUGGUACCCUUUCUAUUGACAGUAGAGAUGCAUAUGUUUUACUUGAUACAGGUGCUACACACUCGAUUGUUUCUGAAAACUUCGAAGAAAAUCUUAAAUCAUAUGAACAAUCCACUGAAUUUCCAUUACAUAUUACUACUCCUAUGGGUAGUUCAGUAUGUAUAUUUGGUCAAUUGCCAAACUGUCCGUUAUUUAUUGGCGAUCGAAUUCAGGAAGUUACUUUACUUCCAAUGAAAAUGGAUCACUUCGAUAUCAUCCUUGGCAUGGAUUGGUUGUCUAAACAUCAAGUGACCAUCGACUGCAAAGCUAAACAAAUCAUCUUCGGUGACGUCAAUGAACCCGAAUACGUGUUCUAG